CGACUGUAGGAAUAUUUUUCUAUUGAUUCUGUUAAAUUGCUUGAUUUACAACCCUUUGAUCUAUUGCUAAAUUCAUCAACCUUCUCGAUGAUGAUCUCGUUUCUACUUGCUAAAAGUCUUUUUCCUCUACUGCAAGAAUGAUGUGAUUAAAAAAUGCCAGCCCACACAAGGAAGGACAGCGAGUGAAUAGGGGAAAUUUGUUUGAUAUGAUUCUUCUAGCCGUUGAAGUAUUAAUGCUUGUUUCCUUUUAGAGAAAACGGCCCAAAGGCCCAUAGAAUGGGCUCAAAAUAAGGCCCAAUAGCUAAGAACCACAAAAGUAGAAGAAAUCAGACUUUCUGAGUCACCUAACCAUGAAAAUUCUCUCCCAAAACCAAUUAGAUAACCUUAUCCAUCAAUUCCAACUUGAGAAGCUGCCACGUAGGACAGAAUAGAGAUGACUAGGCCACCUGAUAUCUCAAAUUUUCACCUCUCAUUAUUCCCUCCCUCGACUCCCCUUCUCUCAAAAACACAUUGCAUGCAGCACCCACUAUCUUUAUUUCAUAGUAAAAAUUCACAAAAGAGAAGGUAUUGGUUUUUAGACCCUAGAUUGAAGAGAGAAAGAAAAACCAAUGGCUUCCACUUCGGCUGUUUCAAUGGCUCUGCCAUUAACUCAUGCCAGCCAAAAGAGGAUGCCGAGCUCUGAGGCAUUCUUUAAGCCACUGCCAGUCAAGCCAUCAUGGGCAGUUGCAACUACAAGACCUAAUGGAAGGCUUGAAGUCAAGGCUUCAUCUUCACUCAAGGAGAAGGCAGUCACUGGAUUGACAGCAGCUGCACUGACAACAUCCAUGGUAAUCCCUGAGGUGGCUCAAGCUGCUGAUGGCGUUACCCCAUCUCUCAAGAACUUCUUGCUUAGCAUUGUGGCCGGUGGUGUUGUUCUUGCUGCCUUAGCUGGGGCCGUGAUUGGUGUGGCCAACUUCGACCCUGUCAAGCGAAGCUGAGCCGUUUAUUUCUGAGUCACUGUUAAUUUUCAUUUUAUUUUAUUUUUUUAAAACUUUUUAUGUAUCUUUUUGAUGUUUCCAGUAAUAAACUCUCUAUUCUGUGUUGGCUGAGACCUUGUGAAUUCUCAAAGUUUUAUUUUAUUUAAGCAACAUCAGAGCAAUUAAAUCCAUCCUGUUCUUCUCAGUUCUUGUUAGGCAGUAAAUACUUGCAUUUCCAGUUAUCCCUUCAGAAACUUAACAAACCUAAGGACGAAUUGCUGUUGCACAAACUCUUGUAGAUCCAUCAUGAAUACGAUUGAUCUAAAUAAAAGAGUAAUCAACCACCAUGUAGGCAUAGCAAAUGCAGGCAAUUUUAGUUUCUUGGAAGUUUUCAUCACCAUUCAUGAGUAGUAUCGAAGCUAUUAAGGUGGAGCCCCGUUUGAAACCUAUGUGGAAAGAUUUUGAAAGCCAUGGUAGGAGAAGGGAGCCAAUGAUA